AUCGGCGUUCUUUCACUAGCCCCGCCUAUCUCGUCACUGCCUUGGCCCUGCCCCAGCAGGCGGGGCGGCGUACGGCGCAUGCUCGGUGCCCUUUGUGUCCCGGGCUGGCUGGCUGGCUGGCGGGCGGCUGGCUCGGCAAAGGCCCGGCCGCUUUGAGUGCCACACCGGCCACGACGCGAGGCCCGGCGUGAGAAGCAGAGGGGUCGGGCGGCGGUGAGGCCGGCUCCGCCAUGGUGAAGAAGCGGAAAGGCCGUGUCCUCAUUGACUCCGACACCGAAGACAGCGGCAGCGAGGAAAACCUGGACCAGGAGCUCUUGUCAUUGGCCAAACGGAAACGCAGUGACUCUGAGGAAAAGGAAACACCUGCUAGCAAGCCAACAGCAUCAUCAGACUCUGAAACUUCAGAUAGUGAUGAUGAGUGGACAGUUGGAGGUGCAAAAAACAAAAAAAAGGGGAAAGCAGGGAAAGCUGAGAAAAAAGGAGCCAUGAAGAAACAGACAAACAAAACAGCGUCAUCAGGCAGCUCUGAUAAAGAGAGCUCUGCAGAGAGCUCAGCACCUGAGGAAGGUGAGGUGUCAGACUCUGAAAGCAACAGCUGUUCUUCCAGCUCAGAUUCUGACUCAUCAUCUGAAGAUGAAUUCACAGAUGGCUAUGGGGAGGACCUUAUGGGUGAUGAAGAAGACAGAGCUCGGCUGGAACAAAUGACAGAGAAGGAGAGGGAACAGGAGUUGUUCAACCGGAUAGAGAAGAGAGAGGUGCUGAAGAGAAGGUUUGAAAUAAAGAAAAAAUUAAAGACAGCAAAAAAGAAAGAAAAGAAAGAGAAAAAGAAAAAGCAAGAAGAAGAACAGGAAAAGAAGAAACUGACACAGAUCCAAGAAUCCCAGGUAAUGUCACAUAAUAAAGAACGGCGGUCAAAGCGAGAUGAAAAAUUGGAUAAGAAAUCCCAAGCCAUGGAAGAACUGAAAGCAGAGAGGGAGAAAAGGAAGAACAGGACAGCUGAGUUGCUUGCAAAGAAACAGCCAUUAAAAACUAGUGAAGUAUAUUCUGAUGAUGAAGAGGAGGAGGAAGAUGAUAAAUCUAGUGAGAAGACUGAUCGUUCAUCCAGAUCUUCAUCUUCUGAUGAGGAGGAAGAGAAAGAAGAAAUUCCUCCCAAAUCACAACCAGUGUCUUUGCCUGAAGAACUAAAUCGCGUUCGAUUAUCUCGGCACAAAUUGGAGCGUUGGUGUCACAUGCCAUUUUUUGCCAAGACAGUCACAGGCUGCUUUGUGCGCAUUGGUAUAGGAAACCACAACAGCAAACCUGUUUACAGGGUGGCAGAAAUAACUGGUGUUGUAGAAACUGCAAAGGUUUAUCAACUUGGAGGUACCAGGACAAACAAAGGAUUACAGCUAAGGCAUGGUAGUGACCAGCGUGUUUUUCGAUUAGAAUUUGUCUCCAAUCAAGAAUUCACAGAGAGUGAAUUCAUGAAGUGGAAGGAAGCUAUGUUUUCUGCUGGGAUGCAGUUACCCACACUAGAUGAAAUAAACAAGAAGGAAGUGUCCAUCAAAGAAGCCCUCAACUAUAAAUUUAAUGACCAGGACAUUGAGGAGAUUGUAAAAGAGAAAGAGAGAUUCCGGAAAGCACCACCAAACUAUGCCAUGAAGAAAACACAGCUACUGAAAGAGAAGGCGAUGGCAGAGGACAUGGGUGACCAGGACAGGGCAAAACAGAUUCAAGAUCAGCUUAAUGAGUUAGAGGAGAGAGCAGAGGCCUUGGAUCGCCAGCGAACAAAAAACAUUUCAGCCAUCAGUUACAUUAAUCAGAGGAAUAGAGAAUGGAACAUUGUGGAAUCUGAAAAGGCUUUAGUGGCUGAAAGCCACAAUAUGAAAAAACAGCAAAUGGAUCCCUUUACUAGGCGGCAGUGCAAACCCACAAUAGUCUCUAAUUCUAGAGAUCCUGCUGUCCAAGCUGCUAUUCUUGCCCAACUGAAUGCAAAAUAUGGAUCUGGUGUAUUGCCGGAUGCUCCAAAGGACGUAAACAAGAGUCAGGGAAAAGACAAAGAUAUGAAUUCAAAAUCAGCCAGUGACCUCUCAGAGGACCUCUUCAAAGUGCAUGAUUUUGAUGUGAAGAUCGAUCUCCAGGUUCCCAGCUCAGAGUCCAAAACACUGGCUAUCACCUCCAAAGCUCCUCCUGCAAAAGAUGGUGCACCCCGGCGAUCACUGAACCUGGAGGACUACAAGAAAAGGAGGGGGCUUAUUUGAGCAUACCCACUCUCUGCUGCUUCUGAUCCUGCAUGCUUCAUGAUGUCCAUUAUUUUGUUCCUUCCCUCUUCAGUUUGCCCUUUGGGGUUGGAGCAGCAACAGAGCUGGGAAGAGACUCUUUGAAAUUGCCAGCCAUCUGUAAUAUAAACCAUUGACUCUUUACUGUAUAGAUCUCCCUUCUUUCCCUUUCCACCUGUCACCCACACAUGUGGAUCCGUGCUAUUUAGGUUUUGGGGUUUUUUAUUUUGAUUUUUUAUACGGCUGGUUGGCUGGCUGUUAAUAUUCAGUAUUAACCUGGAGUCUGGAUUUCUGCAGGAAUCUCAUUGAGGCAGUAGCAGCAUUCCCACUUUUGGCUGACUUGCCACCACAGGCAAAAAAAGUUAAAUGUGGCACAAGGCCUCUUGGGGCUUGAAAGUUACCUGCAUCUUUUUUCCCCUCCUCUUCUCCCCCCCAACUCCUAACGUUGGAGAAGGACAUCUUUACAAACUAAGUUAGGUUGGAAAUGUACAUUUUUGUGGGGGUGGGUGGGUUGUGCAAAUUUUUUCCAGGUGGUUUUUUUAUCAUUUUUAACCUGCAGUACUGUUUAUAUCUGUCACAGUUCUUUACAGUUGUCUUCAAUUUCUGUCAGCUACAUUGGAGCAUCCAAAACAGCAGGAGCAGUUUAGUCAAAGAAAUACUUCUUGCUAAACAACAACAAAAAAGUUCAGCUGACAAUAGCUGCGUAGCUUCACAUUUCUCUAUUCCUUUUGCACAGACUUGUAAAAAUCACCCCCCUUCUCCCUCCAAUGUCUUGUUUUGUAAAGUCUUUACUUACAUACAUAAUAAAUUCCCUGUUACAGAGAGGCGGAACAACCUUUCCCCCUUCCUUUUUUUUUUUUUUAAAGAAUACCAAAUCUAUAUGCUCACACAGCUUUUAUUUUCCCUCAUGGUCACCUCAUCUUUUUCAGGCCAGAUUUUUAAAAUUUUGCCUCUUGUUUAAACUUUUUUUAAAAUCUUGAUUCACAGAAUGGAAAAGAUACCGUAGAAAAUGUGACUAGGAUAAUAUGGGAGCGCAGUUAUUUGACCUAUAUGUAACUGGUACAAUAUGUGCAGUGCAACUCUAGCACAAAAAUUGUAUGUAUGGAAUGUUUGAAUAGGAACAAGAUGACUGCUUGAUAAUCACUCAGGUGUAAAGAUCAAAGUGUAAAUAAAUGAUGUUUUAUCAAAGAGCUCUUCAGAAUGAAAUACGGUGGGUUAUACUGAACAGAGGACAACACACACACCAGUGAUCCAACAGAUUACUCUAGUGCCAGUGCUGGAAAGUGCCCUAAAUUAAGGUUGCUUUUCUGACUUGGGGUUUAAAAGGAAAAAUCCUAACAUGCAUAAAGCAUUCUUAAGCAAGCCCAACAAAUUUUUUGCUUAUAUCUAUCUGAAUAGAAAUUUGAAUCUUGUGGCUAUUAUUUGUGGGAUCCUUAUUGAUGCUUUAAUGUAUCUGUUAAAAAAUUCUUUAUUUAAGACUAGGAAGACAUGUAACUGUCAAACCUGAAGAAAUGAAGAGGGGAUUAGGGAGAAACCUCCACAGAAUCCUCCCCCUGAAGCGGUUCUUGUCAAGUCGUGUAAACUGUGUGGCUUUAUUUACUAGAUAGUCCAUAGUUUGUGACCCACUUUGUGGACUAUUGUGUAAAUAUGUAAUCAUUCUGUUUUUCUGCCGUUUUUUCCGAGCCGCCCUUCCUUGAGCUCGAUUUUGUGAUCUCUUAUUUACAUAUGUGCUUCUAACUUUUUUUAAAGAGUGGAUUUCUAGAAUCUGCCAAUGUAUAACUGUUUGGGCACCAUCAUGAUACACACUAUGUGGAUACACAGCUGGUCCCACUUGAUUUUUGCCAGCAAUGUCUGUAGUAGCCAGUCUCCCCAACACCAACACUUACGAUAAAGAAAAACAUUAUAAAACUAUUGCAGGGUUUAAUAGCCCACCAACUGCUAUAAAAACUAGGACAUAGGAGAAUGAAAAAGCAAACAAAGGCUGAAACCUAUAACUUUCUUGAUAUUUUGCUAACUCUGCCCUGAGGGCAGUCCACACCAGACCCUUGCAACAAAGGCACACCUGCUGAUGUGGGCUAUAUAACCAAAAUCCUGAUGGCAUCUCUAAGUUGUAAAUAAUGUAGCAGUUUUAUCCUUUCCAAAGGGGUUAAUAGGCCUAAAGAAAUGGGGAGGUGGGUGAUGUACUUAGAAAGAACAAGUAAAGAAAUCAUCCCCUAUUUGCUAAAUGAAAAAUUCUGCUUUGAAUAGAGGUCAUGGACUACAAGUCCUUGGAUGCCAUCUGUUUUUUCACAGAGAAUAAUGCAUUGAGGGAGUAAUUUUUUUUCUCAGAUAGCUAUGAAAUUAAUUGUGUAUGAAGGUGUAAUGUUUUCUCCUCUUUAAGUGCAUGUGACGGUGAGUGACGACAACACUGGCUCAUUGGGAGGGGAUGGGUUUAUUUGCUUUAAUUCAUUUGAUGUCUUGGCAGCAUUCGUUAAAAAUGUAUAGACUGCUAUAAAUAAACUUUGGUUGGUUUUAA